UCUGGCUUUCCUUUAGGAUCUCAGGAGAUUGCUCAAUAUAAGCUGUCAAUCAAACAGAAGUAUGAGAGUGAGUGGAGCUCACUGUCUGGUGAACGAAAGUCAUUGUCUGCCUUGUAUAAUAAACCAGUGAUCAUUCAGAAAGAUGAAAAUGGCAGCUUUAAGAACAUCAGUGUGGACAAGUUGUUGAUUUCACAUGGUACAAUGCCUGUCAUUCUCCAAGGCGACUCUGGCAUUGGCAAAUCAUUCAUAGCACAGAAGAUCAUGUUGAACUGGGCAUUUGAAUUGUCUAUACCAUUUUAUGUAGUUUUCUAUCUGAGGUGUGAAGAACUGAUGUGUUUUUCUGAGGAGAUGAAUUUAAUUGAGCUCUUGAGCUACAGCUGUAGUUUAACAUCAGAUGAGAUCUCACAGAUGUUACAGAACCCACCAGAGGAGAUUCUUUUCAUCAUUGAUGGAUUUGAUGAACUUAGACUAACGCAGGACAUUUAUGAAAUGUCAGCACAUCCUAAUCCACUUCAAAAAGCCCCACCUGAAGUCAUUCUGUGUUCCCUGUUGAGGAGAUACCUCAUCCCUGGGAUCAACCUGCUGGUCACCACCAGAACUAAGAACACAGUGAACAAGCUGCUGGAAGAACAACCAUGUUUCACUGAAAUCAUGGGUUUCUCUGAGAAGAAGGUGGAGACGUACUUCCAGACGUUCUUCAGCAAAGAGUAUGACUUUGUGAGAGCAAAUGAAAGCCUCCUCACUGCCUGCUCCAUUCCUGUUAUUUGCUGGAUUGUUAGUGAGAUGUUCAGACUUGGUGCAGAUGUAUCAAGCAGACUGGAAACCACCACCUCCAUCUAUGUUGUCUUUGUGUCAACUCUACUAGAGCAUCACUGCCAGGGUUUGAGUCUGUCUGUGCCGACCCUGCUGAGGAGUCUGGGUCAGCUGGCAGAGAGAGGCAUCCUGGAACAACAAGUGCUGUUUGAUGAGAAAAAUGUGGAUGACAUAAUUUCAGACCCAGUUGCCAAUCCAUUCCUGUGCAGGUUCCUCUCUAAGAGAAGAAUCCGUCAGGAGACAAUGUUCACUUUCAUGUAUCACAGCUUUCAGGAGUUCUUCACUGCUCUGUACUAUGUCCUUCUGGAUGCAGAAGAGUCUCAGAGGAAAGUGAGGGAGCUGCUUCACACUGUAGAGAGAGGAUGGGCUUUGUCCUUUUGGUCUGAUAGAGACUUUUCAAUGGCAGAUGUAGAAGUAAGACAGUCAAAUCUGCUGCAGCCUGUGAUUCUGUUCCUCUGUGGUCUCUGUAAAAAAGAAUGGAUCCCAUCGUUCUUUGAAAAGCUCAACGUGGCUGUCUCUGUCAACAUAGAAACCCAUCUUAAGGAAUGGAUCAGUACAUAUUCACAGAGAUAUCAAAAUGAACACAUGCUGUUCAUUAUCCAUUCUCUCUACGAGCUUCAUGAGAAAAGCUUCAUUAGGAAAGUGUUAGAAAAUUUGAUUUUGAUAGAUCUCUCUAAUACUCCACUGAAAAUGACAGACUGUUGGGUGUUGAAGUACUGUUUACAGUGCUGUGAACACAUCAGAGACCUGAAACUCCAUGUAACAUCUGAUAAUCUGAAGAUGCUCCUGCCUGACCUGUCCCGCUGUAAACAGCUGUGGUUGAUAAUGGAUCACAUUUCAGAGGAUGUUGUUGCUUUGGUCUCAGCUGCUGCUGAAGGAAAGAAUCUGAAUAAACUCAAUAUAAAGGCGCUUGACAACUAUGGAAAACGAAGAGGAUACCUCUCAGGAAUCUCUGUCAGAGAUGGAGACAUCACGUUGUCUCUUUCACAGUUGAUGUCAUCUGCCACGGAAUUAACUGUAACCUCUCCUCGCUCAUUUAUUUCCACCAUCAACUGGAUGAAAUCACAGAACAAGAUGCUGUUGGUAGGGUAUGGAUAUUUACUAAAAGAAGAUGGACUGUUGACAUUCCUGCAAUCAGUGUCUGAUUUGAAGAAAGUCUAUCUGCAGGAUGAAGUUCUGGUUGGACUAUAUAGCUCAGAAAUCAUGUCCCUCAUUGAGGCCUGUCCCAGUUUGAUUGAACUUCGGAUAAAUGUCAGAAAUCAAUACAUGUUGGAAUACACCCAGUCCAUGAAGACAUUAUUGGAGAAGAUGGGUUGGACUCUGACUUUCUGUGGGAAAUUAGCAUUGCUUAAGCCAAACAUGGAAAGAUUCACAGAGGGGAAGCUGAAGAUAAAGCAGGAAAAGACUAAGAGUGGAAUAGGAGAGAGUUCAGAUUCUGUGUUAAAAGCUGAAUCAUCAACAUACUCUUUCUCAGAUGUAGAAGUGUUCACACCAGUAUUGAGCGGUGAUGAAGAUAAACUCAAGAAUACAUACAGGUAUCUGUGUGCACAUGCUGGUCGGUUUCAGUGCAGUCUGACCAAUCUUGUGUUUGUGAUGGAGGGUGAAGGAGAGGUGCUGUAUAGAGUUGUUUCAUGGGAUCCUCGUCUGUUAGAUGGUUUGGGUCAGAUGCGGCCUGCAGGACCCUUGUACGACAUUGACUGUGCUGCAAAAUCAGUCUUACGACUGCACCUUCCGCACUGUGUGAUAUUCUCUGAGGAAAAUAAGGACGGUUUGGCUGUAGCCCAUUUCACUGGUGGUAAUGUAGAAAUAAUACAGCCACUCAGAGUGACAGAAACUCAUGUGAUCAUUGACAUCAGAGAUCUCAGCCGUUUUGGGCUCAUCUGGAUUAAAACAAUAUUUGGCUUCCCCAUUGAUGGCCAGGUUUUGUUCUUUCUUCGACCAGUAACUGUUGAACAGGAACAGAAAAUACUUAAUGUCCACUUGCUUCCAGGGAAUGUUCCAGUAACAGAGGUCCAGCGUGUGCACCAUAAUAAAUCAUAUAUAGGGACAAGUUCAAAAUGUUGUCUUUUUACUGACAGACAAUACAGUCUGUGUUGUCAGACAGAGAACUGUGAAGUGCAACCAAUGAGUGAGAUAUUUCAGCUUGAUAAUUUUGGUCCAAACUAUCAUCCCACAUUUGAAGUGUUUCUGCAUGUCAACAUCAAGGAGGUCAGACUGGGUGUUUUGGACAAAACUGAAUAUGGGAAGGAAGUGUGGCCCGUACGGCGAAUCCUUCUUACAGCACCAAGUAAAGGUGUAGAACCUCCUGCAAACAGAAGGAUCCCAGAAACUGAAUUUGUGGACACACAUGGAGAUAAACUCACUCAGAGAGUUUUAUCAGUGAUGGCGAUUGCUGACAGUUUAAAGACCAAAAAAAUCAUUCCUCCUGAAAUCUAUAGGGAUAUCCAUGCUGAAAAAAAUCCACAGGAGAAAAUGAGACACUUGUUGAACGCUCUUGAGUCUGGAGGAGAUGAUGCAAAAGUAGAAUUCUGCAGACUGCUGAAGGAGAACGAACCUAUUCUAGUAAAAGAACUCGGACCUCAUUUAUAAAAUGUGCAUAAGCAUGGAUAUGAUCUUAUAGAGUGUGCAUAUGGUAAAAUCCACACUCAGAAUUAUAAAAACCAUCUUUGACGAUGAAAGGUGCUUACCGCUAUGUCAUGUGCCAAACAGACGUAACAUUGUUGCAGAGUUGGAGUACUGCAAGUAUUUGGAAAUCUAAGGAAUUCUUUUCCACUGCUCAAAUAAAGGAUUUGGAUGUUGACUGGUGCUCUUCUAUAUGUUAAUUACAUUAAUUAAGUGGCAUUUACAAGGUAGAUUUCUGAAACCAUUCAGAUGUUCACAAUUUUUAGAUCACCUGGUUUAAUUUCACAUCAAUGGCUUCACCGUUAUUUUACUGUACAUGUCUGUAGCAAGAAAUCCAGCAAAAACAUUGAGCAAAUACAUCUGACAGGCUG